ACGCGCCUUCGUGCACGCGCAACAUCAGCAACAUCAUCAGCAACAUCAACAUCAGCGGAAAAAAUAAACAGCAUCACUACAAUCAUCAUCAUCAAUACGGUCGGUAGUUUUAGUACCAUCCUCACCGUCAGGACCAUAGUUACCAUCAACCCAUACUCCGCCAUCAAUAUCAUCAUCACCACUAUCAUCAUCAUCAUCACCAUCAUCAUCCCCUCCCAGUGUCACCACCAUCUUAUCAUCGCCAUCGCCCAUGGAGCUUGCACGGCCAAUCCUCUGGCUGCAGGGUCUCGAAGAGACCUGGAUCAAGCCAGCAGUUGACAGCUGGUCCCGAGGAGGAGAGGAGGAAACGUGGGCCAGAGGAGGCGAGGAGACGUGGGAGACAGGAGGAGGGAGCUGGGAUUCACCCAGCCAGGAGUCUCCGGGGAGCGCGGGACACGGGGACGAGGAAUCAGAGGACGCCAGGGGAAAGAGAAGAGAUGGCUCUCCUCCCUUGCAGCGCCAGAGAGGAAGAGACAAUGGGCUUUGUGGUGGAGGAGGAGAUAUUGGGCCCCACCACGAAGAAGACCAUGGUCCCCGCCAUGGAGACGGAGACAAUGGGCCCCACUGUGGAGGAGAGGACACGAGAUUCCUCCUUGGAGGAGGAGACAUUGGGUUAUGUGAUGGAGAGGCCACUGGGCUCUGUGGUCGAGGAGGAGACACUGGGCUCCACCAUGGAGGAGACAUUGGGCCCCACCGUGAAGGUGGAGACGAGAGGCAUCACCACCGUGGAGGAGGAGACACUGGGCCCCACCGUGGAGGUGAAGACAAUGGGCCCCACCGUGGAGGAGAGACUGGAGGUGAAGGAGCCUCAGGACCUCGGGCGAGCGGGCUUCCGAGGGGCGGGGUUCACAGCCCCCGCGGGGGUGGAGGGGCGGGGCGCCCCGAGCGGCGCGCGGCAGCCAACGCGCGCGAGCGACGACGCAUGCGCGGUCUCAACGAGGCGUUCGAGCUGCUGAGGGGGGUGGUCCCCCGCGCAGGGGGGGGCGGAGCCAGUGGGGGCGGAGCCUCGUCGCACCCCUCCCCCUCAGGGGGUGGGGCCUCGUGCGGCCGGAAGUUAUCCAAGCACGAGACGCUGCAGGUGGCGCUGCUCUACAUCGCGGCGCUAAGCGACGCGCUCGCGCAGGGGGGCGGGGCCGAAGGGCAGGGGGCGGGGUUACCUUGAUUGGAGAGGGCGUGGCCAGACUGACAGUGGGCGGGAUCAGGUGGCGCAGCUGGUGGUGCAUCUCCCGGUCAUCUCGGUCAGCCAACCCAUGGCAACCUGCUGGGUCUGUCCCGUGAC